CCCCUAAAGAUCAACAUUCAAAGAUCUACGACUUAUAACUUAAAGCACACCAGUCUCUGUUAUGAGGAAAAUACAAAACAAUGUAAUUUUUUUUACCCUUCCAAACUCAGAUAAGCUCUGACAUCUGUAUUUUGUAUAUUAUGAUGACACGUUCCUUGCUUUCACUUUCACUCUUACAUUUAUACCUUACAUCCAUGGUUCUUUGCUAACACAAGGAGGUUUCAGCAGACAUGGCAGAGGCUAUACUUGGAGAUCAGGACCAGUACAGCUGCUCAAUAUGUUUGGACUUGUUGCGGGAUCCUGUGACCAUUCCGUGUGGACAUAGUUACUGCAUGAGCUGUAUAGGUGAGUGCUGGAAUACAAAUGAUCUGAACGGGACCUAUAGAUGUCCACAGUGCAGACAGACCUUCAAAUCAAAGCCUCCACUCAACAGAAGUACAGUGCUUGCUGAAAUAAUGGAGAAACUGAGGAGCACAGAGUCUGCUCAAAGUCUUGCUGGGCCUGGAGAGAUUGCGUGUGAUUUCUGUUCUGGAGAAAUGAUCAAAGCUGUCAAGUCUUGUCUGGAGUGUCGAGCCUCUUACUGUCAAACACAUGUACAACCCCACUAUAAUGUUCCUGCCCUGAAGAAACACAAGCUGGUGAAAGCUGCAGUCAUCCCAGUAUGCCCCAAACAUGACAAGGUCCUUGAGGUUUACUGUCGAACGGACCAGAAAUGUGUCUGCAUGCACUGCUUACUGGAUGAACACAAGGGCCAUGACACAGUGUCAUCUACAAUAGAGCGCAACGAGAAACAGAUAAAACUCACAGACACUCAAACAAAAGUCAAGCAGACAAUCCAGGCAAAAAGAAAAGAGCUGCAGAAGAUGAAUAUGGACAUCGCCUCUCAUUCAGUAAGUCCUGAUGUAAAACAAAUAACUUUCACACUUAAACAGAAUGACACUGCAUUUAUCAGACACAUGGUUAAUCUCUGCCAUGUUGGGAUCUUGUAA